AUUUUUGAAUGACGCUUAUAUUAAUGUUAGUGAAUUAGCUCGACACAGUAAAAGAAAAGUCAGCUGGAGACAUUUUCCACCAAGAAUCGUGUUCUGUGUGCAUGAUUUUAUUUUGAAGCCACGACUUCCGGUCUCACUAGUGCAGUCUCGGGGGAGUUGGACGCGCCUUCAGCAGCACAAGCAGCACUUUGUCUCGGCGGAGGGGGGUGUUGACAGGAGGAGACCGAGGGGGAGGUGAAGGUGGACUCAAUUGGACUGGCCCGGUUCACUUUGCACCGCAGAGCCCGAAGCAGGACGCGGACAGCGGAGGCCAGAGAAGAGGAGCGGAGGGCGGGAGAAAAGGGAAUCAACGUGAACCGGUACAUCGGGGUACCCCUCUUUCGGAUUGGGAUACGGAGGGACACCGGGGCGGGGAGGAGGGGGCCCGCAUGAUUCUUCACAAUCAGGCUGUGAUGAUGGUGGUGAUGCACCGGGAGCAGAGCGGAGGAUUCCUGCAGAGCCCGACACACUGCACCACAACCCCGCACCCGAGUGUGAGCUGCUGCAGGGUCAGGCGCUUCUGUUUCUCCCCAUCUGAGCCCCACCAACAAAAACACGGAUUUUCAGACACAAGCUUCACACAAACAACCGGGUAACAGACUACCAGAUUCCAUUCAGCCUUCACCGUGUCUGGGGCGGAGAUUUUGAGAAAGGGGAAGCUUUACUGCACCGGUGUAAGGUGCAUGCUCCGGUUGUUUUGCGCUAAGACAAGAGGGGGAAACAUGUUGGUUCGAUGCUACCGAGGCAAGCUGUCGGUGUGGGCCGCUCUGUGCGUGCUGGUGCUCUGCUGGUUCUACAUCUUCCCCGUCUACAGACUCCCCCGCGAUAAGGACAUCGUGGAGGAGGUGCUGAGGCAGGGGGAGGCAUGGCAGAAGAACCAGACGGGCAUCGAUCACUACAGGAAGCUGCUGACGGAGUGCUGCGAGCCGCGGAAGAUGUUUGCGGUGACCAAGGAGAACUCGCCGAUGGGCAAAGUCCUGUGGUACGAUGGAGAGUUCUACCACUCGCGCACUGUCAACAAUGAGACCUACCCCCUCUUUGUGCAGGAAAACCCCCUGCAGCUGCCCCUGAAGAAGUGUGCCGUGGUGGGCAAUGGCGGCAUUCUCCGGAACAGCAAAUGUGGACGAGACAUUGACCAGGCCGACUUCGUCCUGCGGUGCAACCUUCCGCCGCUUUCAAAGGAUUAUGUGGAGGAUGUGGGAACCAAAACGCACAUGGUCACUGCCAACCCCAGCAUUGUAGAGAAGAGGUUUCAGAACCUCCUGUGGUCCAGGAAAGCGUUCGUGGACAGUAUGAAGGUGUACGGCUCCAGCUACAUCUACAUGCCAGCAUUCUCCAUGAAGCCCGGCACCGACCCCUCGCUGCGGGCCUACUACGCCCUGGCCGACACCUCCUCCAACCUCACCAUGCUCUUUGCAAACCCAGAAUUCCUGCGCUCGGUGGGUCAAUUCUGGAAAGGGCGCGGGGUGCAUGCCAAACGGCUCUCCACGGGGCUGUUCCUGGUCUCGCUGGCCCUGGGGCUGUGCGAGGAGGUGACGGCCUACGGGUUCUGGCCCUUCUCCGUGGGCCUGGACGAGCAGCCGGUCAGCCACCACUACUACGACAACAUCCUGCCCUAUAAGUGGUUCCACGCCAUGCCCGAAGAGUUUGUCCAGCUCUGGCAGCUGCACAAAAGCGGCACGUUGCGCAUGAGAGUGGGAUGCUGCCCCCCUCAGGAAUGAGGGAGUUAGAGCUUCCUGAUGGAGCGAUAGCGGUCAUUCAGUGGGCUACAGGAAGCAGAGGAGGAUUGUAAAGCGGCAGGAAGUUAGUGCGCAUAUUUCCUCAGAGGAACCUCGGCACUCUUUUCACACACACUCCUGCUGCCCCCCACCAGAGCUAAUCCCUAAUUAUCAUAACAAAGUCCCCCACCCAAACCAGCAGCAUCGGGGCACACAUGCAGCCAAAAGCACACAUUCACAAAAACAUGCCAUAUCUCCUCUCAAUUCAGAAAUUGUGUGUGUUUAUGGUAUGUUGUGGAAAGCCUCAGCUGGUAAGGUGUGGGGUUAGAUGGGUGGGGGAUGUUUUAGGUUUUUUUUUUGUGCUGACUACUGUAUCUGAAUGACAUAUGGGGCAGCUGGACCAAACCCCCCCUCUGGGUCUUUUCAAACAGAGACAGAAGGAGCUGAGGACCAGGGGGGAUAAUAAAAGGCACUGAAAGACAGGCGAAAUGCGAACAAGGGAGAGAUAAUGGAAUCCGGGUACCUAGUAGAAUAGGACUGCAAUGUAAUGGAGGAGGGAAAAAAGGACUGGCAGGGGGGAGAAAAGAGUGAAAGCUGGCUGGUAUGUGCAUGAAAGGAUUUUUCUCUCCCUGCUUUACUUCAACCAAGCGCUUCAUUGGCAUUUUCUGGUGCCAAAUAGAGCGUCAGUUCAGGAGCCAUUCGAAAUGGAGUCUUAAGUGAUAUACAUCCCAGAAUGUUUAGCCAAGUUGCAUUUGAACACUUCACUGGAAAGGGACAUCGAGUAAACCAUUUAUUGUUUUUGCCAAAUUGUGAUUGUUGGGAUUAAUGUGAAUUGUGCUUUUUUCCCGGUUCCUCAGUGGCCAGGAGAGAAGAGAGAAUCGACAUAUGUAAUAAGACAUGCUUUGCAAACUAACCUCACACAUAGGUACCUCACCUGGAAGCGGACAUCCUCACUGACUUUAUGGUACAAUUCACUCUCAAGAAGGCUCCUUGGUUUAAGGAAAAUCUGAGUCAUCUUGGAAUCUGUUCUAUACUUGCCAAGGGAACAGAGCUCUCUUUGAUGCCCACUCUGACACUGUCCUUGUUCUCUCAAAUGGAGAGACACUGAUAUAAAGAGAGGUCGUGACAGAAAAAGACUCUAUGACUCAAUGUCACAAAGUGGCAUUUAAGUGGCUGACUUGUUCGUGCGGUUAUUAUCAUUUUUGCAUCCGGGUGCAGGAAGAACUGAGCCUCUGUCCUGUGCAUCUUUUAUAAUUGUGAUUUGUAUUUGUUUGUGCACAAGGGAAAAACAACUCGCUGAUGUAGAAGCUAACACUACGAACACAACCGUUGUUGUUUUUUGUACUUGCAGGCCUUGCAGUUAGAAAACGUGAUUUGAAAUGUUUUUUUUGUUUUUUUUUUAAAUGUCCUUUAACACUAGAACCGCCAGAGAUUUUUUAUACCUAAAA